UUACCGGAAGUGGCAACCCGGAUGGAGGCGAGGCCGGGCGGAAGUGCAGCCGCACGCCCCUCAGACGGAAGCCGCCGGCAGCCAGAAGAGGUCGGGGUCGCCAGCUCCGCCAUGGCCAAGCAGUACGACACUGUGGAGUGUCCCUUCUGCGACGAGGUCUCCAAGUACGAGAAGCUGGCCAAGAUCGGGCAAGGCACCUUCGGGGAGGUGUUUAAAGCAAAGCACCGGCAGACUGGGAAGAAAGUGGCUCUGAAGAAAGUGUUGAUGGAGAAUGAAAAGGAAGGGUUUCCUAUCACGGCCCUGCGGGAGAUCAAGAUCCUCCAGCUGCUGAAGCAUGAAAAUGUGGUGAAUCUCAUUGAGAUCUGUCGGACUAAAGCCUCUCCGUACAACCGUUGCAAGGGGAGCAUCUACCUGGUGUUUGACUUCUGUGAGCAUGACUUGGCUGGCCUCCUCAGCAACGCCCAUGUCAAAUUCACCCUCUCUGAGAUCAAGAAAGUGAUGCAAAUGCUCUUGAAUGGCCUCUAUUACAUCCACCGGAACAAGAUCUUGCACAGGGACAUGAAAGCGGCCAAUGUCCUCAUCACUCGGGACGGGGUCCUGAAACUGGCCGACUUUGGCUUGGCUCGUGCUUUCAGCUUGGCAAAGAACAGCCAGCCCAACCGCUAUACCAACCGGGUGGUGACUCUGUGGUACCGGCCUCCUGAGCUCCUUCUAGGAGAGCGGGAUUACGGGCCGCCCAUUGAUCUCUGGGGCGCGGGGUGCAUCAUGGCCGAGAUGUGGACCCGGAGCCCCAUCAUGCAGGGCAACACAGAACAGCACCAGCUCACUCUCAUCAGCCAGCUCUGUGGAUCCAUCACUCCUGAUGUCUGGCCCAACGUGGAUAAAUACGAGCUCUACCAGAAGCUGGAGCUGCCCAAAGGACAAAAGCGCAAGGUCAAGGAGCGGCUCAAAGCCUACGUCAAAGACCCUUAUGCACUGGACCUGAUUGAUAAACUGCUGGUCCUGGACCCGGCCCAAAGGAUAGAUAGCGACGACGCCUUGAACCACGAUUUCUUCUGGUCCGACCCAAUGCCCUCCGACCUCAAGAACAUGCUCUCCACCCACAACCAAUCCAUGUUCGAGUACCUGGCUCCGCCCCGGAGGAGGGGCGGGCACAUGCCCCAGCAGCCGGCCAAUCAGUGCAGGAAUACGACCGCGACCAAUCAGACGGAGUUCGACCGAGUGUUUUGAUAAGAAAAGAAGAGGAAGCGAAAAAGCGUGAUGAUCGAAAAAGGAACGCUGUUUUGAAAACGGAACAGCGAAGCAGUUGUGCUUUGGCCAUUUUGUGAAAACAAAUUGUAGGAAUGGCAGGACUAGAUAAAAUUAGAAAGGUGUCCAGAGGGCGCAAGAUUAUGCUAAAUGUGAGGCAGUUGGAGGGUUGACAGAUCACUCUCCAGGGUCCUGAACUGACUGCGUUCAGUCCACCGAGAGCCAAAAGGUGCUUGUUUAUCCCCAGGACAAGCUGUGGUUUUGGAUCUUGGAUGGUGGUGGGGGGACAACCAUUUGUGAAGCUUCUGCACUUUUUAUUUUUAUUUUAUAUAUUUUUUUAAAAAAAUUAAUUUUGCAGCAGUAGCAACAAACAAUUUUCCUAAAAACCUAGGCAAAAAUUGCACAUUCCCCCCCCCCUUUUU